CCUGACCUCCGACCUUAUCGUCCUCCCGCCGCACCGACGACAUGGCCCGCACCAAGCAGACGGCGAGGAAGUCCACCGGCGGCAAGGCGCCGAGGAAGCAGCUGGCCACCAAGGCCGCCCGCAAGUCCGCCCCGGCCACCGGCGGCGUCAAGAAGCCCCACCGCUUCCGCCCGGGCACCGUCGCGCUCCGGGAGAUCCGCAAGUACCAGAAGAGCACCGAGCUGCUCAUCCGCAAGCUCCCCUUCCAGCGCCUCGUCCGGGAGAUCGCCCAGGACUUCAAGACCGACCUCCGCUUCCAGUCCUCCGCCGUUUCCGCCCUGCAGGAGGCCGCCGAGGCAUACCUCGUCGGGCUCUUCGAGGACACCAACCUCUGCGCCAUCCACGCCAAGCGCCAUCAAUCGUCAGCCAUGUCCGGCCGCGGCAAGGGAGGCAAGGGGCUCGGCAAGGGCGGAGCCAAGCGCCACAGGAAGGUGCUCCGCGACAACAUCCAGGGCAUCACCAAGCCGGCGAUCCGGCGUCUGGCGCGGAGGGGCGGCGUGAAGCGCAUCUCGGGGCUCAUCUACGAGGAGACCCGCGGCGUGCUCAAGAUCUUCCUCGAGAACGUCAUCCGCGACGCCGUCACCUACACCGAGCACGCCCGCCGCAAGACCGUCACCGCCAUGGACGUCGUCUACGCCCUCAAGCGCCAGGGCCGCACCCUCUACGGCUUCGGCGGCUAGGGCCGUCAGGCUUUGUCGCCGCCUGCAGGUUCCCGAAGCUUGAUGAAACCACGACUUCUGUGGUUCGCUGUUCCUGAUUCUGUAGUUCGAACUGAAUCGUGGAACAAAAUUAAUCGCGUAUGUCGUUGGAAAGGAAACUUGUCUCUGUGCAAUCGGUGUUCCUGAUUUUGUUUCGCUGGUGGGUGGCGAUGAGUUGGUUUGCCAUAAUUUACCAGGAGCCUCGGAUGAAUCGUACUACUUGUUUGCAGGAUAAUUUGUGAUGUGAUGAAAACGCCACUGAUGUUUCUGCUAAUGGAUUUGAUGCAUUUAUACUGGA